AGCCAGCCCACUCGACGGCAUUCUCCUCCGGCAAGCUCCGCGCGAAACCCUAGCCAGCCCCGCCGGCCGCCGCCACCGCCGCUCCCCUCCCGUCCACGCUCUCAAGGCCACUCCGGCCACCGGAAGCCAUGGCGCAGAGGGCGGCGGGCGCGCUUCUCCGGCGGUCCCUCGGGCUCGCGCCGCCGACGGCCCCCAGGGCCCUGAGCACCAGCACCGCGGCGCCGGCCGCGGCGGCGGAGGGAGAGGCCGCGGCUGCCAAGGCGAAGAGGAGCAAGAAGAAGAACCUGUUCGACGUGGUGCAGUUCCUGCCGGACUGGGGCGUCGGCUACAAGGUCGCCAAGACCACCUGGCGCGACGUCUCCUACCAGAUCACCAAGAUCAACCUCUACAAGGACGGCCGCCACGGGAAGGCGUGGGGGAUUCGGCACAAGGCCGGUGUGCAAGUGGCCGACGCUCCGAUAAAACUCAGCGGAGUGAACAAGCGUGGUUGGAAGUACAUAAAGGCAUCGCAGAAGACGGUGCAGGAUACCCCCGCAGCAGAGACGCCAGCCGCUGCCACUGCCACCGCCACUGCUUAAUUCGUUACAAGCUAGAACAUUUAGAAGGCGGCAAAACGUGUUCCUGUAGAAGCGUAGCGUCGAACUGUUCAGACGGUCGGUUGAUCUGCCGUCUUCCACUCUUUCAUAGUUUCCAUGCUUUCCAGGGUUUUAG